AGGUGGACGUCUCAUACUUCAAUAAGUUGAAGAAUCUGACUCCUUCCUAUUUCUGGCACAUCAAUCAUAUUAAAUACAAGAUCUGUGCUCGUAGCAUCAAUACGGAACUACCAGAAUUUAGUACUUUCAUAUAACGUAGUUAACAGAACAAGUAAUUUCCACUACAUCCUUACUCACAACUUUCUCCUCGCAGCACCUUUUUCUCCCCACAUAUCAACAAGAUGACGUCAAAAUUUUUUGGUGGUGGCUCUUCGAGCGACUCGGAUAGCGGUAGUAGCAGCAGUUCCGAGGACGAGCGACCGAAGGUCGUCCCGAAAAAGGCCGCUCAAAAAGCAUGGGUCGAUACCGAUUCGAGCAGUGAGGAAGAUUUAAGGCGUCUUGGUUGGUUGGGUAAUUGGCUGUUUGUAAUGCGUUAAUCGACUUCUGCUUUGAUUGGAGGUACAUAAUCUUCUCUUUACAAGCUCUCGUUCACAACAAAGUCGAAAAUGAUGAUAACUCGUACGACAUGCACUACUAGUAUUUCCCUUUUAAUAUGUCCUCUCGUUCUUCUUGGUUUCACGUCCUUCCUCUUUCAUACCCAACCACAAAGCGAGUGAUUCGCUCUGGCAGCGACAAAAAGUUUGCGGCUUUGCAAGAUCACAUUAAAACAAUGCGCAAUCAUAUGAAGAUCCACGAUUACUCCAGUCUGGGAAACGAUUAUGAGGUAGUUUUGUUUCAGGAAAUUACCUCUGUGUACAUCAUCAUACAUACACACAUACAUACCUACGUACCUACAUACCUACAUACCUACACACAUAGCUCCCCACCACAUAAACCUUCAUACACCUACCACCUAAAUCAACCUCCUAUCAGGAAUCGCGCAAAGUCCUGGUAAAAUUAACCCAAGUUAUUGGACAAAAAACCGAAAAAGUGCCGAAAUUUUUUAUCAAGGCUAUCGCAGACUUAGCAGAACAUCUAGAAACGGUACAGAACAACGGGGAGAAGAAGCUCUUCUCUAAAAACAAGGCUCAGGCGUUCAACACUCUUCGCGCAAAAGUGCGCAAGGGUAAUGCGGAAUUCGAAGAGCAACUUGCCCACUUGGCAGAACAUCCGGAAGAUUAUGACAUAUUUGUAUUUGUGGUUUCAGUUCCCUCUCUCUCUUUCCUAACCUCCUUUUUGAUCCCCAUCGCCUCUUUCAUCCUUUAUACGAAGAAGAAGCUGAAGAGGAGGAGGCUGAAGCGGAGAGCGGUGACGAGAGUUCGGAUGACAGCUCCUCCGACGAAGAUGAAUCUCCAGCAGCAAAGCCAGCUGCAGCCGCGAAGAAAAAAGCCAAGUCUGGAAGUGACGACUCCGAUAGCGACAGUGACUCGGAUAGUGGUACUUGUGAAAAUGGAGUAUGAAGGAGAUAGCAUGAUCGACGAAGACUGUAUAUGAGACCUGAAGAUGAUCACUGGAAAUGUUGUAUUUGAGACAUGAUAAUCACUUGUCGAGGAUCGUGUCCUUUUUCCCUCUCCGAGUUGGAACAAGUGCUCCUGAUCGAUGUAGUCAUCUUCCACUGACCUCAUCCCAAAACAAAGAUUCCUCUUCCGAUUACUCCGAUUCUUCGGAAUCAAGCGAGGAUAGUGACAUGGACGAAGAAAUGAUCCGAAUGCGUCGUCGACGACGCUGGCUGAAAACCGAAGCUGAUUACGAAGCAGAGCGCCGCGAACGCGAACAGAAGGAACGUGUUGCUGCGCUCGCACGAGAAAGGGCGGAAAAGAAAAAAGCGCAGACGCAGGCCGGUAUAUUGUUUUGGUCUGUUGUGAUUGGUGUAAAAUAUUGUGAUGCUGGUGAUCUCGUCGUAAUGUGGUAUCUACAACAUAAAAAUGAUAGGUAGUGUAUUUUUUUAGGACGAUAUUUUUUGCGAACUAAUGUACAAACAUGUUUCCUCGCCUCAAUUGGCUUUUUGAUGAUUUAUGCUUAGAUGCAUCAGACAAGCUGGUGUUUGUUGGGCUUGUAUAAUAAAUUAUGGUGAUCAAACAGGACACGCCUGUCUAUUCAGAGUUGGAUCCAUCAUUCUCCAUCUAUCCAUCCAUCCCCCGCAAAAAACCCACAGGUAAGGCCGGUGACAAGCUAAAUAAGCUGAAGGUCGAGGGAGACGACGCUAUUCGUCGAAGCGAGGAUCCGGAUGGCAAGAUUCAUGAGUUGAAGACCCCAGAUUUGUACAAACGUCUUUCGGACCUGGUGCAGAUGCGAGGUCGCAAAAGCCUUGACCGCGCGACGUACUUGAAGAAGCUGGACUUCUAUUUGAACUUAUGGCUAAAGGGUACACUGAUAUUCAAGGGGUUAUUGCGGUUCUACUCGAACCUAUGUCGUCCCUGCCGGUGCGGCGUGGCCGCGAGUCAGUGGACCCGCAACCUUAACCUUCGCCUUAUCAUGAAGGGGCGAAUGAGCCAGUCGUUGUUGUAUCUCUUUGGGAUUAACAGGCAUGUUGGGGUUCGCUGUAAGGGGGACGACCAUCUAGUACUUCUUUGUUGUAAGGACUGUAUAACUAUAUAAAUUAUAUAUCUUCAUUUUUUCCGGCAAGAAUUACACAUACAGCUGUUGUGUCACCUCUCUAACCAAAGUCGUGAGAACCUACAAGCAUGGGCCAGCCGCGCAGAUUUUUUUGAACGCGCAGAAAGUCAUCUUUGAAUUCGAUUCCUAUAGUGGAGCUUGGUUCGAGAACCUCAACCUUAGGCGUUGGGAAAGCGCCCUGGCCUACUUGAAGGAAAUGUUCGAGUUGUAUUUAUGGAAAAGAGUCGUGUAUUCGUAAGUUUCUCAAAUUUUUGAACCUGAUAAGCACUCGUAUGUGUAAAAUUUUUUCCCCUAGAUGUAGAACGUAGAACAAGUAAUGGUAGACGUAGAUCUCUAAUCAUGAUCCAUCUUCUUAUGCAUAAGACGACUAUACGACGUACUUAUGCAUACGAUGACUACUUUGUCUUCUCUAUACUAGAAAAUAUCUGAUGUAGGACUCCAAUCCAACCUAAACCCUAAUGUAGUACUCCAUGUACUAUCGAUUCUGCUCUAACCCCUACAGCCUGGGAGCAGACCGAAGAUGAACAGGGGAAAGAGCAGAGCAUCCAGGAGAGUGACGAUCAAGACGACACUUUCACCAAGCAGAACAUUUGGCGUAUGUUUUUGCUUUCGGUCUUCCGACUCGAUGACGAAAUGUUCAAAAGCUUGCAAUUCGCGACGAAGGAGAUGCAAGUUAAGGCUUUUUUGUUUGAUAGAGAAGACCAUAGGUGACGGCGAUGUGGAGGCACUCUACCCUAUCACAUAUUGCAGUUUUUCAUUUUUCGAACUCGAGGACCAUACCGUGCUAGGUAAGUGUCAGUGAAUAAAUACGACCUGCUAUGAACAUUAUGAGUGACGCUUGCUGAAUACGACCUGCUAUGAACAACAAUAUUAUGAGUCACCUCAACACGCUAUGAACAUAUUUUAUGAGUCAACACCCAACACGAACAACAUAUUGUGACUGACCUCAACACCCAACACCCUUUCAGAACAACAUUAUGAUUCUCUACAGUACUAUAGCUGCUUCCUCUCUAAGGGCCAGUACCUGAUUGCCAGCUGCCACAUGAUCAUCUUCCUCAAGGACAUUGCGCAUCACAUGCUCACCUUGAAAAUGGACAGUGUAGAAUUGACCAAAGUUUGCAGCCGGCUGUUGGAACACAUCUACUACAAGAACGACACGGACAACGCCAUGGCUUUCGCUUUCAUGAAAUCCGAGCUGGGAUAUGAGAUUGAAAAAUGUAAUUUUUUUACUAGAGAGUAUCGGAUAUGAGAUUGAAAAAUGUAAUUUUUUUACUAGAGAGUAUCGGAUAUGAGAUUGAAAAAUGUAAUUUUUUUACUAGAGAGUAUCGGAUAUGAGAUUGAAAAAUGUAAUUUUUUUACUAGAGAGUAUCGGAUAUGAGAUUGAAAAAUGUAUUUUUUUUACUAGAGAGUUUCGGAUAUGAGAUUGAAAAAUGUAAUUUUUUUACUAGAGAGUAUCUUGUUUGUUUGUUUGUAUCGAUGCGCUCCGGGCGGCGCGUGCGAUCUCGCCGGAUUUCUUUGUGCUCUGCGUAUGUUAUGCUAUAGAGCGCAUCUUUAUCUGCUGUUUUAUAUGUUCCGAACAUGGCACUUUAUUGAAAUUGUUUAGUUUUCACGUAGGGACAGCGUGAAUUUCUUUCAUAGCUCUAAUAUUAAAUGCUAAUUCCACCUACUAUCUUGGCCUCCAUUCGGAAGCUUCGACCGAUAACAAAACACCUAGGUCCGAACAAUCUCGGUGACUGGAGUUUCGAAGAUGGCAAGUCGUUUCAGCUGA